AUGUUACCGAGAAUUUCCGCCACCCGAAAUUUUUGCCACGUUCUAGGCCACUUGAGCAACUUCCGGAGGCUUACGAGCAAUUUUACGAGCAAUUAUUUAGAUAUGUUCCGGAUGCGACUAAACGCCGAGCAAGUUGGCCGGAAGUUCGAGGUGUCCGACGACGAGCUGACGGUUGUGGCACGCCGCAUGUCGGACGCCAUGGACGCGGGUUUGUGGCGUAACGGACAGCCGGACACGCUGGCCACAAUAAGGUGCUGGGACACACGCGUUCCGCGUCCGUCACCGCCCGCGGCCACCGAUGCGGUCGUCAACAAGUUCUUGAGCCUGGAUCUGUGCCACGGCGACAGGUUCCGUACGCGGUUGACGUCCCUGUUAGGUGCGCACGACGUGUGGAUCAGGUCGCGUGAGCACCCACUGACGCCCAGCACCCUAAUGACCGGAAAGGUGGCCAAUCUGUUCGACCACUUGGCUAGUGGACUGGCCGAGUUCGCCGAAGAGUUUCACGUGAGGCAGGCCGGGGUACCACUGGCGUUGACUUUCGGGUUCCCAGUCUGGCACUCCGGGGCCCUGGGUGGUACAGCCAGCUUCUGCCGGUGGACCAAGGGGUUCGACUGUGCGGACGCAAUGAGCCGGGACGUGACGGCCGAGUGGCGGGCGGCCGCGGCCCGGGCUGACGUGGUCGUGGGUCCUGUGGCCGUGCUCAAUGACGCGUGUGUGGCUAUGAUGCACAGCGCAGCGGACAGGCCGGAUACACGUGCCGCGCUCGUCGUGGACGACGGCUGCAACUGCUGUUACGUGUCAGAAUUCGGACGCACCGUCAUCAACACCGAAUGGGGUGCUUUCGGCGAGGACGGCGCGCUCGACCACCUGUUGACGGAGUAUGACCAUCGGCUCGACUCCCGAUCCCAAAAUCCCGGCAAGCAAAUUUACGAGAAAAUGACUUCAGGCAUGUAUAUGGCUGAGUUGGUGCGUGAGGCGGUUUUGGAGAUAGUCUCCAACCAGGCGAUGUUUGAAGGUAGAACUACAACCGCCAUGAACACAGAGUACGCGCUCAAAGCCAAACACUUGUGGCUGGUGGAGUCAGACAGAAGUCCGUCGUAUGAUGGCGUCCGGACUGUCCUGACCGGGGUGCUGAACGUGACUGACCCGUCAGACAUGGACUGCGAGCUGUUCCGGUACGCGUGCCGGUGCGUCACCAGACGGUCUGCAAACCUGAUCGCUGCUGGGCUGUCAGCCGUGCUGAGGCGGACCGGACUGCCUGUCACGGUGGUCAUGGACGGGUCCGCGUUCAAGACGCACUCUGAGUACGCGCUCACGGUUGGUGACAAAGCGCGGCAGCUGACACGCCAACAGACAAAAUUUACGUUGCGGACAGUCGAUCAAACGCAAGGCCAGGAUGCGUGGAUUAUGGCCAGGAUGUUGGCCACAAUCCCCGUGAAUGCGGCAUAA